AUGGACUGUAAAAGUCUUCAUCUUCUGAUUCUUCUGCUGCUGUUCCAAGGAAUUAAACUUGUUCAAGGAAGUUGUGGAAGCAAUGAGUUUCAGUGUACCAAUGGGCAAUGCAUUGACAAAGACUGGAGGUGUGAUGGAACUAAAGACUGCACAGAUGACUCAGAUGAGAUGAACUGUCCACCUCCAUCGUGCACCUCACAGGAAUUUAAAUGUGUGACAAGUGGUGAAUGCAUCCCAUCGGGAUUUGUCUGCGAUGGGGAGGAAGACUGCACGGAUGGCUCGGAUGAACAAAGAACCUGCGGUGGACGGACCUGUAGCUCAGACCAGUUCACCUGCCAGGAGGGUCAGUGUAUCCCCAACAAGUACAGAUGCGACCAUGUAAAGGACUGCGUGGACAACUCUGAUGAGAACAAUUGUGACUAUCCACGCUGCCCUGACAAGACCUGUGACAAUGGGGCCUGUUACAACAACUCACAGCACUGCAAUGGGCAGCAGGACUGCAGAGAUGGUUCUGAUGAAUACAACUGCACAAAUCAGCAUUGUCCCAUCCACCAGUUCCAAUGUGCAAAUGGAUUCUGUAUUCCACUCUCAUUUGUGUGUGACCACUGGGAUGACUGUGGGGAUGACAGCGAUGAGCAAGGCUGUGAUUACCAGAGCUGCAGUGGCAACCAGUUCACUUGCUCCAGUGGCCGUUGCAUUCCUCAGCAGUGGGUGUGCGACAAGUUCAAUGACUGUGGAGACUACAGUGAUGAGAGAGGAUGUGAUAGUAACUCCCGAGACUGUUACCCUGGUGAGUGGGGAUGCCCUGGCUCGACCAUGUGCAUACCAGUGGGGAAAGUGUGUGAUGGAAACCCCGACUGUCCUGAAGGCACAGAUGAGACCAACAACACUGCACAGCAAACCUGCAGUCUGGAACAUUGCUCAGCCUUGAGCUGUGAGUUCCACUGCCACCCAUCUCCUCAGGGUGGUGCAUGCUACUGCCCCGAUGGCUUCAUUGUAGCCAAUGACACCCGUUCCUGUGAAGAUUAUAAUGACUGCCAGAUCUGGGGGAUCUGUGACCAGCUGUGUGAGGAUCGCCCUGGCACACACCACUGUAGCUGUGCUGAUGGAUAUGUCUUGGAGCAAGGUCACGUUUGCAAAGCCAAUGUAUCAGCUGGGCUGCCACAGCUCAUUUUCACCAAUGGGGGCGAUGUGAUGAUGGCUGAUCUGCAUGGGCGCUUUGUCAGGACUCUGGUGCCAUCGCAGGGCAAAGGUCCUGCUGUGGGAGUCGCCUACAACUGGCGCAGUGACAAAGUCUUCUGGAGUGAUGCUUACACCAAAAAAGUUUAUUCUGCCAACUAUAACGGGGGUAACAUUAAGGCGAUUCUGACUGAUUCAGUUCAGAGUGUCCAGAAUCUUGCUGUGGACUGGAUCAACCUCAAACUCUACGUGCUGGAGGCCAGGGUGGAGCGCAUUGACAUGUGUGACUUCGAUGGAGGAAAUCGGGUGACAUUGGUGGCUGAAAACCUGCAGACUCCUCAUGGCCUCGCCCUGGACCCAACAGUAGGCUACAUGUUCUUCACAGACACGGGUGCUAGCACUGCACAGGCUAAGCUCGAACGUGCCUUCAUGGAUGGCAGUAAUCGUAUGGAGUUGGUAAAGAAGGGGCUUGGCAUGCCAACAGGAAUCACCCUUGAUAUUGUCACCAAGAGGGUCUACUGGACUGACAGCCACUUUGACACAGUGGAGACUGUCACAUACAGUGGUUUGGAAAGGAAGUUAAUCCUCAAUGGUGGAACACAGGCGCCACAUCCUUUUGGAACUGCUGUAUUUGAAAACCACAUAUUCUUCACUGACUGGACCAAGAUGGGUGUGAUCAGAUCAAAUCGGUUCAACGGCAGCAACCCAACCCUCCUCUACCGUGCUGCAAACCGGCCAGGCGAUGUUGUCAUCUCACACCCUGUCCUGCAACCUAUGGUGAUGAACCCCUGUGGUAGAAACAAUGGUGGCUGUGAGCAAAUUUGUGUAUUAAGUCAUGGGACCGACAAUGAUGGUUUGGGCUUCCGCUGUAAGUGUCGCCAUGGUUACGACCUCCAUUCUGACCGUCAGACCUGCUUCAAGCUGAAGGACUACUUGUUGGUGGCCUCCUCGCUGGCAGUGCGAGGUAUCCCACUGAACUUCUCCAUGCAGGAGGACGUCACUCUGCCCCUCACCGGUCUCGGUGCAGCUUUUUCUGGCUCUGCUGUGGAGUUUGAUGGCAAUGAGGGGGCUCUUUUCUACAACGACAGGUCCGCGGGCCUCAUCUAUAAGUCGAACCUCAACGGCACUGUUCAGCAGAUUUUGACAGGCUACAGAGUGGGAAUAGUGGAUGCCAUGGCAUACGACUGGACCUCAAAAGUUUUGUUUUGGACCACAAGCACCUACAAGUCAAUAGUGGCCCUCAGAGUCACAGACAAGUCCAGACGAGACAUUGUGACAGGACUAAAGAACCCAAAGGGAAUUGCAGUGCAUCCUAGUGCUGGCUUCUUGUUCUGGUCUGACUGGUAUCGUCCAGCAGUUAUAAUGAGAAGCUUCACUGAUGGCAGCAAUGCUGUUCCUCUGGUCAACACGACACUGGGAUGGCCGUACGGGCUUGCUGUUGAUUACAUGAAUGACAGGCUGUACUGGGUUGACACCCUCCUGGAUCAGAUUAGUCACGUUAAUAUUCAAGGAGGUGACAGGCAGACUUUUACCAACAUCGGCCAGAUCACUCAACCCUACUCUUUGACAGUUUUUUCAGACUACCUAUAUGUGUCUGAUACAAGGACCGGAGGUAUAUUUGAGAUGAGGAAGAGGGACGGAGGCGGAAACAUUAUGAUCAGACAAGGAAUCACCGGCAUCAUGCAUAUCAAGGCAUAUACAGCUGACCUCCACAGCACCUUCAACAGCCGUUGUAACACAUCACCAAAUGGACACUGCAGCCACUUCUGUUUUCCAACUCCUUCCUUCGGCCGAGUGUGUGGCUGUCCGUACGGUAUGAAACUUCAAUCAAAUCAGAGGGACUGCAUCAAGGACGAUUCUGUUCCCCCGCCUGACAACAACUGCGGCGACUACUCCUUUGAGUGCGAUGAAGGACGUUGCAAGCCCAAUUCUUUCCUCUGUGAUGGGAUUGUUGAUUGUGUGGAUCAGACUGAUGAGGCCAACUGCACCGAUGCAGGAGCGACCUGCUCGCCGCGAGCCUUCACCUGCAACAACAAGCACUGCAUUUAUUCCAGUUGGCGCUGUGACGGCAUGGAUGACUGCGGAGACGGUUCAGAUGAAAUUAACUGUCCCACCAGUCUCCCCACCACCUGCCCGGCCGGCUACUUCACCUGCAACAACAAUAGAUGUGUCUCUACAAUAUGGGUGUGUGAUGGUGACAAUGACUGCGGGGACGGCUCUGACGAACACAACUGCAAUUCAACCAUCACUACAUGCCCUCCCAACUACUUCUUGUGCCCUGAUCAUCGCUGUAUCAAUAGCUUCUAUGUGUGCGAUGGAGACCAGGACUGCUUGGAUGGUUCGGAUGAAAAAGAUUGUGAGUUUUCCUGUUCCUCCUAUGAGUUUGCAUGUGCCAGCGGGGACCAGUGUGUCCUUUCGAGCUAUCGGUGUGAUGGAGCGUUUGACUGCAGAGACCAUUCUGAUGAACAAGGCUGUCCCACUCGAGGUCCAGGCCUCUGCCACAAUGACGAGUUCCAGUGCCAGACCGAUGGUUUCUGCAUACCAGAUGAGUGGGAGUGUGACGGCCACUCGGAUUGUGAGGAUGGAUCCGAUGAACACAACUCCUGUUCGCCUGUCACCUGCAAUGCCUACCAGUUCCAGUGCGCCAACAAGAUAUGCAUCCCAAUGAGCUGGUUGUGUGAUGGUGACAACGACUGUCGCGACAUGAGUGAUGAACUAAACUGCCCCACCCCUCCAUUUACUUGUCCUUCUGGACAGUGGCAGUGCCCCACCAGCCAGGUGUGCAUUGACCUGGUCAAGGUGUGUGAUGGCCAAAGGGACUGUCCUAAUGGAGCAGAUGAGUCACCUAUCUGCAACCAAGAUGACUGUUCACUCAACAACGGGGGCUGCAGCGAUGGUUGCAUUCAAGGACCAUUUGGGGCUGAGUGCACAUGUCAGCCAGGAUAUCAGCUCCUCAAUGACUCCAAGACGUGCGAUGACAUCAACGAGUGUCUGAUUCCCGGUUUCUGCAGCCAGCAGUGCUACAACGAGAGGGGAAGCUUCAGGUGCCACUGUUCAGAUGGCUACCUCCUAGAGCCUGAUGGACGCACCUGCAAAGCUAUGGACCCAAUUUCAGCUGUACUUUUGGUGGCCAAGCGUAGCCAGAUCAUUGCUAACCGGAUCAACAUAAGACCACCCCAGAUGAGUCCAGUCAUCAGCGGUUCAAACAUUGUGACUGUAGACUUCGACAGCAUCACUUCCAAAAUCUACUGGGCUGAUUCCUCACAGAAGAAGAUAUGGUGCGCCUUCCAGAAUGGCACUGGCAAACAAGAGGUGAUCUCCACGGGUCUGAUGGAAACAGAGAGUAUUGCUGUGGACUGGGUUGGUCGGAAUCUGUAUUGGAUGGACUCUGUCAUGGAAAACAUUGAAGUGUCCACUCUGGAUGGUCGCUUCCGGAAGGUCCUCUUAAGUAAAAAUAUUACCAGCCCCCGCGGAUUGGCUUUAGACCCCCGAAACCACACUAACCUGAUGUUCUGGUCAGACUGGGGUCAGAACCCCAGGAUUGAGCAGGCCAGCAUGGAUGGAGCCAUGAGACGAGUCAUUGUCAACACUAAGCUCUACUGGCCCAAUGGCUUGGCCCUGGACUACACCACACGCAGGGUCUACUUUGCAGACGCCUACCUCAGAUAUAUUGACUAUUGUGACUAUGACGGCAACAACCGAUAUCAAGUUAUGGCAAGUGACCUGGUUCUCCAGCACCCAUAUAGCAUGACCAUCUUUGAGGACAAAAUCUACUGGUCAGAGCACUAUACCAGCAAGGUGAUGAGUACUAACAAGUUCCACGGUGGCAACAUCACCACUCUGAUGAACAAUAUCUACCAGCCCAUGGGCAUCGUUAUGAAUCAUCCUCUCAAACAGCCCGCAGCCAUCAACCCAUGCAGUGAACACCUGUGCACUCAGCUGUGCCUGCUGUCAACACUGAGACCCAGGUACUACGCCUGCCACUGUCAGUCAGGCUGGAAGCUGGAUACCGACAAACGCACCUGUAUUAAAGAUGAGACUCCCUUCUUAAUGGUGGUUAGGGAUACGGUGAUUUUUGGCAUUCCCCUCGAUCCCACAGACCCUUCCAACAAUGCGAUGACGCCAGUGUCUGGCAUCAGCCAGGGGCGGGACAUUGACUUUGAUGAUCAGGAGCAGUUUGUCUAUUGGGUGCAGAGCACUGGUUCAAUUUGGAGAGUGAAAAGCGACGGGACAAACAGAACUCAGUUUGCUCCGGCUGCUUUCAUGGGCUCACCGUCUGGUCUGGCUUUUGACUGGUUAAGCCGAAUAAUGUAUUACACCAAUCCCACUGCUAAAAGCAUUGAAGUUAUCCGUGUUGAUGGAAGUGAGCAUUACAGGAAGACCCUUAUCACCUCUAACGGCAAACCAGAGGGGGCAGGGGAGCCCAUAGGAAUCGUUUUGGAUCCAGCCCGAGGAAAGUUAUUUUGGACGGACAAAGGCUCAGACAGCGGAGUUCCUCCAAAGGUUGGCAGCGCUGACAUGGAUGGAGGAAACCUCAAGAACCUCUACACAGACAACAUGGCCAAAAUAGGAUUUAUCACUGCUGACAUCUCCACCUUGAAACUGUACUGGGGUGUGGCUGGCACAGGGGUGAUUGAGUGUGGCACUAUGGAUGGAGAAAGCCGUGUGAUGGUGGUCAGUGGCCUGUCCCACCCAUGGGGGCUGACUAUCUACCAGAACCACCUCUACUACACUGACCUGGACUAUGAGGUCAUUGAGAGGGUGGACAAGGACACUGGUGCCAAUAUGGUGGUGAUGAGAAGCGGCAUGACUGGCCUCCAUGGUCUCAAAGUGCACGCAAGAGACAACUCAGCAGGAAACACCAAUGCCUGCAGCUCCAACAACGGGGGCUGUCCGCACCUCUGUCUGCCCAAACCCAGCAAUGAGAAGACCUGUGCCUGCACUACAGGAUUUAACCCAUCUGCAGAUGGUUCCCGCUGCGAACAGUAUGAAUCUUUUGCCAUUGUCUCCACCCGCACGUAUAUCCGUGGCUUCCACAUAAACAGCUCUGACCACUCUGAGGCUAUGGUGCCUGUUGGCGGAUCAUCUUAUACCAUUCAUAACAAGCUGGACGCCCAUAUUCAAUCUGGCUAUGUAUACUGGACUGAGAACGGCACCUACUCCUCGUACAAGGGCAUUUUCAAGGCCAAAACUGAUGGAGGGCAUUACACCAGAGUCCUCCCUUCAGGCGUUGGCACAAGAGGCAUUCACGGCCUGGCUGUUGACUGGAUUGCAAAUAACUUGUAUUUCACCAAUGCUCACAACACCGAGACCUACCUGGAGGUGAUGGCCAUCAACACCACCUUGCGAAUGAUUCUCAUUAAAUCCUCUGAGGACCAGCCCCGGGAUCUGGCUGUCAGCCCCAAACUCCGCUACCUCUUUUGGACCGAUGAUGGCCAGACACCAAAGAUUGAGCGGGCCCUGCUGGAUGGCACAAACCGCACAGUUCUGGCAUCGGAGAGCCUGGCGUCACCUCGUGGCCUAACAGUUGAUUACACUAAUGACUUCCUCUACUGGACAGAUGAUGUUCUUGAUAUGAUUUCCCGCAUGGCCAUAGAUGGCACACAGAGGCAGAUUAUCCGGUAUGGAAGCCGGUAUCCAUCUCCAAUGGGACUGGCUAUAUUUGGAAACUACAUGCUGUGGGUGGAUAAAAGGCUUGGAAAGCUCUUCCAGGCCAGUAAGGACCCAGCCAAUACCGACCAGCCAGAGGUAAUCCGAGAUAAUCUUGAUGAGCUGAUGGAUGUCACCAUCUUUGACACACAUGUCCAGCCUACAUCUGGGAACCUGGUCGGCUUUAACCCAUGCCACGAAGACAACGGACGCUGCCAGCAGCUCUGCUUUGCCAUUCCAGAUGAGGCGAAGCCUAAAUGUGGUUGCGCCCAUGGGUCACUCCUUAGUAAUGGAGUAACAUGUGGUUAUGGACAAGAUGAGUUCCUAAUUUUCACCACAGACUACACGCUGAAUAGCCUGAGGUUAGACCCAGCGGAUCAUAGCGUGCCCUAUCCAACAGUGACCUUGGGCUAUGGCUUAAUGGCGCUGGAUUAUGACUUCAGAGAGAAGCGAAUUUUCUUCACCCAGUCCAUGGGGAUAGGUCGGAGCAGGAUUGGCUAUAUCACCACAACAUCUGUCACCAGCCCGCCUGUCACUAUUGUCUCAGAUUUGGAUGAUCCAGAGGGUUUGGCGUAUGACUGGAUCAACAAGCGUCUCUACUUCACUGACUACUAUAAAUGUAAUGUCCAGUCGAUCGGAGUAGAUGGGAGGAAUCGCACCAUCAUAGCCCCUGCAAACCGGCCCAGAGGCAUCAUUGUGGAUCCAUGCUAUGGUUACUUAUAUUGGACUGAUUGGGGUUCUCCAGCUAAGAUUGAGAGGGCCACAUUGGGUGGAAACUUCCGGACUGCCAUCAUCAACAGCAGCCUCACAACACCCAAUGGACUGACUAUAGACUAUGAGGAGAGGAUGCUCUACUGGGCUGACUCCUCAUUAGACAAGAUUGAGCGGUCCACCCUGACUGGUGCAAACCGAGAAGUGAUCCUGCAAGGUGUCACAUUCCCAUUUGCUAUGACUGUCUAUGAGCAAGACAUCUUCUGGACCGACUGGACUGAAAGACGUGUCUUUAGGGCUAGAAAGAACGAUGGCUCUGGCUUCACAGUGAUAGCCCAGAAUCUGGAGUACCGACCAAAUGACAUUCAUAUUUAUGCUGAAUCUAAACAGGAGACUUGCUCCAGCUUUUGUCAGCAGUUCAAUGGAGGCUGCAGUCAUGUCUGUGUUUCUGGUCCUGUCGGCCCAGAGUGCCAAUGUCCUCAUGAGGGGAAGUGGUAUCUGGCAAACAAUGGCAAAGACUGUAUCGAAGACACUGGGAAACGCUGUCAGCAAGAUCAGUUCACUUGUCUUAAUGGUAACUGCAUCUCAACACGUUGGAAGUGUGACGGCUACAAUGACUGCCACGAUAACAGUGAUGAGCGCGAGACAGUUUGUGCCUUCCACACCUGCUCAGCCUUGGACUUCACCUGUGACAAUGGUCGCUGCGUCCCACUGAGUUACACCUGUGACUACACAGAUGACUGUGGUGACAACAGUGAUGAGCAGAGCUGCCCCUUCCCCACAUGUAACCCCACUACUGAGUUCACCUGCGCUAAUGGACGCUGCAUCAGUGCAGCCUUUGUCUGCGACGGCUACAACGACUGUCGAGACAACGCUACAUCUGACGAAAUCAACUGCCCUGAUCGAAUAUGUCCCGAAGGCCAGAUCAAGUGCGACACCACUAACAUUUGCAUCUACCCUGAAAGCUUAUGUGAUGGCUUUAACAACUGUGGGGACAACAGCGAUGAGAAUCCUCUCUUCUGUGCGGGGCGUACAUGCGCUUCAGAUGAGUUCCGUUGUGAUGGAGGAAAAUGUAUCCCUCAAUCUUGGGUAUGCGACUCCAUCAGCGACUGCAGUGAUGGGUCAGAUGAACCUUCCUCUUGUGAAAGUAUAAUCAGAACAUGCAGUCCAGGACAGUUUUCUUGUACCAACGGGAACUGCAUCCCCGAGUCACUGGUGUGUGAUGGCAACAAUGACUGCUGGGACAACAGUGACGAGGCUCCUGAGCUGCAGUGUGGCCAACAAACCUGUAAUUCUGACCAGUUCACCUGUCCAACCUGGUACCCCGGACACCCACGCUGUGUGCCUUUAAGCUUUGUGUGUGAUGGGGAGAAAGACUGUGCAAAUGCAGCUGAUGAGCUCCAGAACUGCCCCAACCGGACCUGCCACAUGAACGAGUUUGCCUGUUCCAAUGGGCUCUGCAUCCUCAUCCCCUUCCACUGUGAUCGUGUGAACGAUUGUGGAGACGGCAGCGAUGAGUUGGGCUGUACUUACGAUACAUGUAGCAGCAACCAGUUCACCUGCGGUAACGGAGCCUGCAUCUAUGCUUUCUACAUUUGCGAUGGGGAGAAUGACUGUUUGGAUGGUUCGGAUGAAGCAGACAGCUUGUGCACCACGCCCCAGCCCACGUGCGCUCCUCAGCAGUACAUGUGCAAGUCAGGCGAGUGCAUUGAUUCAAAUAAGGUGUGCAAUGGACAGAAGGACUGCGAGGACAACAGCGAUGAAAAAGGCUGUGGAAUUAAUGAGUGUCUCAACCCAGCGGUACACAAGUGUGCCCAAAUCUGCACUGACACCCUCACCAGUUAUUACUGCUCCUGCCACCCAGGCUACCAACUCAUGCCAGAUGGCAAAGCCUGUGAGGACCUCAAUGAGUGCCUCAGCACACCCGCCGUCUGUAGCCAGAUCUGCGAGAACUCUCUUGGCUCGUACCACUGCAAAUGCGCCCCGGGGUACAUCCGCGAACAGGAUGGACGCACCUGUCGUCAGAACAGCGGCAUCGCCCCAUACCUCUUGUACAGUAAUCGCUACUACAUCCGCAAUUUGACCACUGACGGGUCACAUUUAAGUAUAGUCCUGCAGGACCUGACCAAUGUGGUGGCGUUAGAAUUUGAUCACUAUGAGAAGAGGCUGUACUGGCUGGAUGCAGGGGCAGGAAAGAUUGAGAGGAUGCGUUUUGAUGGGAGCAACAGGGAGACGCUGGUGAACAGCAAUAUAGCAGGAGCUGAAGGCCUGGCGCUGGACUGGGUUGGCAGGAAGUUGUACUGGGUGGAUAGUUAUUACGGCUCAGUUCAUGUGAUGGAGCUGGAUGGGCGCUACCAGAAGACACUGCUGUCAGGGCACUUCACAGAUAAAAACCACACCUAUAUUGUCAGCCGACCUCGUGCUGUUGCUGUCAAUCCUAAAUAUGGAUGGCUGUACUGGACCGACUGGGGUGACGCGGCGUACAUCGGCAGAGCUGGCAUGGAUGGAACAAAUGUCAGCGCCAUCAUCACAAGCAAGCUGGAGUGGCCAAAUGCUCUAACCAUAGACUACACCACCAACAAGAUCUUCUUUGCUGAUUCCCAUCUUAACUUUUUGGACUUUGCAGACAUGGACGGCCAGAAUCGGCACCGGGCCAUUGCUGGUACACUUCCCCAUGUAUUUGCUGUUUCUCUGUUUGAGGACUGGAUCUUCUGGACGGACUGGAACACACACACUGUGGAAAAAGCCCAUAAGUACACUGGCGAGGGGCGUACAGUUAUGGGCAACAACACACAUCGCCCCUAUGACAUUCACGUCUACCAUCCCUACAGGCAGCCUCAACGUGAGAACCCUUGCUCGUCUCAUCAUCUGACCUGCAGCCAUCUGUGUCUGAUCGCACCCGGCGGGCAGCAAGCUUCCUGCGAGUGUCCGGAUCAUUUCAUUGCCUUGGCUGUUGGCUUUAAGAUCCAGUGUGUCGCUGACUGCUCCAGCACCCAGUUCCGCUGUGGGGACAAUGAGAAGUGCGUUCCUAUAUGGUGGAAGUGUGAUGGCCAGUCGGACUGUGGCGAUGGCUCAGAUGAACCUCAGACCUGCCCACCUCGCUAUUGUCCCAUUGGCCAGUUCCAGUGUCAAGAUGGCAACUGUACCUACCCUGGCUUCAUCUGCGACGGCCACCAAAACUGUCCUGACAACUCAGAUGAGGAUGCUGCUCUCUGCAUCGAUCAUCGCUGUGCGGGCAACCAGUUCCAGUGUAAAAACAAGAGGUGCAUCCCCGUGUCCUGGCACUGCGACGGAGUAAUUGACUGUUUAGACGGCAGUGACGAGGAUGCAGAAUCUUGUUCCCAGAAGACCUGCCGACCGGGAGAGUUCAAGUGUGCCAACAGCCGCUGUGUGCCGUCAAGCUAUGUGUGUGAUGCCCAGGACGACUGUGGAGAUGGAUCUGAUGAGCCGCAUGACAUCUGCAUGGGUCCAGACCACAAGUGCGAUGAGCAUACUGAGUUCUCUUGCAAGACAAACUACCGCUGUAUUCCUCAGUGGGCCCGCUGUGAUGGCACAAAUGACUGCAUCGACAACAGCGACGAGCAAGGCUGCGAGGAGGUGACCUGUGACCCUCUGGGAGAUUUCCGUUGUGACAAUCACCGCUGUGUUCCCAUCCGCUGGCAGUGUGAUGGCGUUAAUGACUGUGGCGACGGCUCAGAUGAAAGAAACUGCCAGCCGAGGCCGUGCUCUGAAAGUGAGUUUCGAUGCGACAACGAGCAGUGCAUUCCUGGAAACUGGGUGUGUAACCAUAACAACGACUGUGGGGACAACUCAGACGAGCGAGACUGUGACUUGCAGACAUGCCGUCCAGGUUUAUUCCAAUGUGACUCAGGUCACUGUAUCCCCGCCGCUCUGCAGUGUGACGGCCGGCCCGACUGUCUCGAUCUGUCAGAUGAGACCAGCUGUCCUACUCGAUACCCAGGAGGCCGAUAUUGCCCUCAGCACCAGUUCGAGUGUGCGAAUCAUCUGUGUGUGAACCCAGGUUGGGUGUGCGAUGGUGUUGAUGACUGCGGGGACCGCUCUGAUGAACAACUCAGUUUAUGCUUGAACAUCACCUGUGAGAUGCCAUUCCGGUUCCGCUGUGCCAACGGCUACUGCAUCUAUGCUGGCCUGCUGUGUAAUAAGAAGGAUGACUGUGGAGACGGCAGUGAUGAGAAAGAAGACCUCUGUCGUGAGCCCACACUGCCCCCCUGCACACUGGAAGAGUUUAAAUGCACCAAUGGAUACUGCGUGCCCCUGCCAUACGUAUGUGACCACAAUGACAACUGUGGGGACCGCACAGACGAGAUGGGCUGCAAUUUUGGCACCGAUCGCAACUGUGACGAGAAUCUGUGCCAGCAUAUGUGCACAAACCUUAAUGGAACAGGCUUCAUCUGCUCCUGCAGACCCGGAUACACAGUGGACCCUGACAGCACCUACACCUGCCUGGACAUCAAUGAGUGUGAGGUGUACGGCACCUGUCCUCAGGUCUGUAAGAACACCAAAGGCAGUUACGACUGCGAGUGUGCCCCCGGCUACAGGAAAGUGGGCGACGGCGGCAUGUGUGAGGCUCGGGGAGCACCUCCCCUCCUGCUUCUACCAGAGAACAUUCGUAUCCGGAGGUUCAACCUGCAGACAGAGGGCUACCAUGACUUCCUCCAAGAACAGGAGCACAUCAUGGCUCUCGACUACGACUGGGACCACAACAACACGGGAUUCAGUAUGGUGUACUUCACUGUUGCCAGUAAAGAUUCUAUACCAGGUGCCAUUAAAAGAGCGUACAUACCUUCAGUGGAUGAUGGCAGUAAUAACAUCGGGGCUGCUGUUGAACUCGACAUCAAAUACAUCACCAGCCCAGAUGGCAUUGCUGUGGAUUGGAUUGGCAGAAACCUUUACUGGGCAGACUCCAGGCUGCGGAGGUUAGAAGUGGCUUUGUUGGAUGGACGCUACAGGAAGCACCUUGUCAAGACUGACCUGGGUUACCCGUCUGCUGUGGCCGUCAACCCACGACUGGGGAUGCUAUAUUGGGCAGAUCGUGGGACCGUUCCCAAAAUUGAGUGUUCCUGGCUUGAUGGUCAGGAGAGAAAAGUUCUCGUGUCCGAUGGUCUUGGUUGGCCCACUGGCUUGUCAAUUGACUUCACCAACAAUGACAGAAUCUACUGGUCAGACUCCAAGGAGAGCCGCAUAGAGUCCAUUCUGCCAUCAGGAGAGCAGCGUAAAACCGCUGUGUACAUAGAUGUAAGAAACCCCUUCAGUGUGAGUGUAUUCGAAGACCAUGUUUACUGGAGCACUCAGGAGAAAGGCGAGGUGUUUAGACAGGACAAGUUUGGCCGUGAAGACAAGAUCAAGCUGCUGACUGCUGGGCCGUGGCUGACCCAGGUCUCUGUGUACCAGCAGCAGAGAUACAACUCCAUAACCAUGAAGAAUCCAUGUAAGGGAAUCUGCAGCCACCUGUGUUUGCUCCGACCGGGAGGAUACACCUGUGCCUGCCCCGAGGGCACGAGCUUCAUCCCAGGCAGUAAAACUGAAUGCGAUGCAGGGUUUGAUCCACCGCCCACCAUGCCACCUCCCUGCCAGUGUCAACACGGAGGCACCUGCUACUUUGAUGACAACAAGGCUCUCUGCAUAUGUCCUCCAGAGUGGGACGGAGAAUACUGCCAGACAAAUGUGUUCACUGUGGUUGCGUCCUCAGUUGGAAUAGCCAUCGGGGUGACGGUGGUGAUUGUGGCUCUGCUGGCCACUCUGGUCUAUGUUGCCAGGAAGAAGUCUAAUCUGAUGCAGAGGUUGCGGACCAGCAUGCCCAGCAUGCCAGCAAUGCCUAAAUUGUCAAGCUUCAGGAAUGCUUCAACCCAAAACGGCAUUAUAACAGAAGACAGUGAAAGGCUACAGAACGGAGAGGCGGUCCCUUGUACGUCUGUAUCCAUGGUGGGCACGGGAGGGAAGAGUUUUGAUAACCCAGCGUAUGAAGGUGGAGAACCGCUACCCUCCGACAACAUGCCCAGGGCCACCUCGGCUCAUAUGGCAACAGAUGAGGAUGCUUUUGGGAACCCGGCAUACGGCUCCGUCGUAGACGACGUUAACGUCGCAUCUGCACAACCAGCUGCUUCGAGCCCGCAGCUUGAGCCAACUGGAGCUGACGGUUUUGCAACUUUCCAAAACCCCAUGUACACGGAGGGCUCCGAGCACGCGCCCGAUUCGAACGCUUGAUGGGGCCGCUACACCGGAGACCAGACUGGCCCGCGUUUCAGGACUAAAACCUCGCUUGCUUCUGUAAAACAGCUGCACUUUUCAAGAAACUCGAC